AAGUUAGCAACGUCGUGUGUCUUCGGUUGCAGUGUGAAGAAGUGGAUUUUUCAGCAAAAGUUAGUUACUUUUAACAGUUUUUUAAGCAAACUAUCUGAAAAUAAACAUGUCGAACAGUGCAGGAACACUCCAGACGACACACCAGGCGACUUAUAUUCCGCCUAGGAUGAUGCCAGGGUAUAAAGGCCAUUGCCCGACAGCAAAGUUUGACUACGGUGAAACUUAUGGUAAUGCUACCGCGAAAUACUUCCAGGACUACAGAUCGGAAACACUUAAUCAGAGCAAGAGUAGCUACGCCAAAGGAGGACAGUUCCCGACAGUCUACACCCACAACCCUGACCUUGUCAUUCAUGCCAGAGACAGGUCAAGAGAACAGUGGAGAACAGCGCCUAAAUAUGAGCUGACGAAUGUUAAUCAUGACCGUAGAGAAGAAAUCAACAAAUUUGAUACACUUGCCCAAGGUCACCGCCAAUUUUAUAAGGAUCGGACAGGAACUGUGCCACGUGUGGAUGAUUUUCUGAUCCCAAAGAGUGCCGAGGAUAUGUACAGACAAGAUAUCAAAUCAGGUGAGGAGCAAGUCAGCAUAGCAUCUCAAGCUAAGAUGACCAAGAUGCUCAACAAGCCUGUAAUGAGAACCCCAAAGACAGCAUCUUCAACAAGCCGUAGUUCCACUGUGAGAGACCGUGCAAUGAGAGAUGUCGUCUUCGAAUCAAGAUAACAACUGAAUUUAAAUAAAACCUUUCCAGCAAGUAUACAGCAGUGAAUACUUUCUGUGGAACUGAAAAUCCAGGCAUUUGAUGAACUUGCAUUAAACAACUGUUUACUUUCACUAAACUUGAAGAUAAUCAGGAGAAACACACAUCACAAAAUUCCAAACCAAAACUUCGAAAUACAAUUGUUCACUCAGUUUUAUUUUUAAUCAUGUUUUUUUUACCAAAAUUUUAUUCAUAAGGAAAAGGUUUAAUUUUUGUAUUAACUUGUAAAAAAGAGUUAUUAUUUUAACAUCAAUUACAAGUAUUCACUGCUUUAUUAUUGCUGAAAAGUACUUUUUAUCUUCAUCACAAGUAUAUUAAAGGAACAUUACAGAAUUGGUUUUUGCAAACAUCAGUUGCUGGCAGUGUAAGCACUUUAUGUAAUCCA